ACAUGUUACACUGCUGACGUUUAUAUACGCAAACUACGUUCGAAAUAUUAGCUGCAACUGGGUGUGCACUUAAAUAAAUAAAUAAAUAAAUAAAUCUCAGUACAAGGAUAACAAAGUUACUACUACCGUUAUAUAAGGUUUACAAAGUGGGAUAAAUUACUUUACCACGAGCAGGAAGUCUAUUACGAACUUUCCUGGAUUCCUCUCAGAGUUAGAGCUAAUUAUAUAUUUCACUUACUUCACACAAGCAGCUACUAUUAACAGACAUGGACCUCGGUGACGCAACUCAACAACCUGUUGAUAAUCCACCUGGGUACUUUGAAGCAACUGGAUACAAGACUGAUUCUGGAUAUCCCCCACCUCCUGUAUACCCCUCAGCACCUGAGUAUCCACCACAACCUGGAUAUCCACCACAACCAGGAUAUCCACCACAACCAGGAUAUCCACCCCAACCAGGAUAUCCACCCCAACCUGGAUAUCCACCACAAUCAGGAUAUCCACCCCAACCUGGAUAUGCCCCACCACCUGGUUACCCUUCACCUUAUCCAGUGCAGCAACCACAACAGCAACCACAACAGCAGCAACAACAAACUGUUAUUGUAAACUCAAUGCCCCAAAGUGGAGUAGUGGUUAACAACAAUAUGGGAAGACGUUCCAAAACGUUCAUUAUUCUUGCUUUUUGUAUCGUCCUGUUUGUCAUCAUAAUGGUAGUAAUAAUAGGCGGAAUCUAAACAUACAACGUAAAACAAUUAUUAGAUGGAAUUUUUCAUUGAAUUGUUUGUUUUUUGUAGGGAUGGGUGUUGUUUUUGUUUGUUUUUUUUACCUAUUUUCCUCUAAUUUAAUAAAAUAUUAAGAAAGGGUGUUUAAGACUCUAGCAUUUAAACCAGCCAAAAUAUUCUCCUUGCUUUAUUUCAAGCUAACCAGAUCUGGCCUCUCAAACAACAAUGUCUAUAAUAUCAUUCUAAAAAUAAGCAAUCAUGAAGUCUCGUGAGACAAGGCCUGUUCUGCUUAAAUGCAACUGUAAAUACUGUAAAAUUUUAAAUAAAUUGUUACUUUCACUGUUUGAAGUGGAGAUUGACAUGAAACCAACAUGGCUUCAACAAGUAGUGAUUCUGGCUUUUGAAGGAUUUACACUUGAUGACUUAGAAGUUGUAGAAGACAAAAAGAAAAGAACAGUGGCUUGUUUUUGGAUGAAUCAGAUAUAGCUCUUUCAGAAUGUUUAUCCUAUAAGGAAGAGUAUUUUGAUAGUGAAAGUAGUGAAAAUCUCCUGGACACCAUUCAAAAUUAUAUUCCAAAAUGACUGAACAAUAAACACCUAUUCAUAUUACCAGUUUCAUUGAAAAUACUAGUCCACAACAGAGGCUAACUCUCAAAGUUCAACCCUUAAACUAUUCAUUUUUAUUUUUACCACAAGCUUUCUUAAAAACUGCUGCAGAAGAAAGAAACCAAUAUGCCAAGCAAGUUCUUACUGCUCUUGGAACAUCUUACCUAUUAUGGUGACCCACAGACACUGUUAAAAUCUGAGUGACUUUUAUCUUACAUGUUACUAGCAGAAAGACUACUCAAAAAGUCUGUUAGAUGCUAAAUAAUAUUGACAUAUUUGAUUCCCAAUCUGUGUAUUUUUUUCUAUUUUACUUUUGAUUUUCUUUUCAUAUUUUUUUAUCCAUGGAAUAGUACUCAUUCACUUGGAAAAUAUUUCUUUCAUUAUUUUAUUAAAAAAAAAUACUCAAAGGUGGUCCAUCCUCUACAUGGUCAUUAAUUAUACCAGAAAUAGCAAGCAUCAUGUGGGUAUAUUCAUAGGUGUAUACCAUACCAAAAAUUCAUACCAUCAAAUCUUCCCCCUUUUUUUUUUUUUUUUUUUUGCAAAAUCAUGCUGGUGUUGGAAUUUCAGAUUAUCCCUUUCAGCUGACUUCCCUUUCAAGGUAAGUGGGACCUAGGACAAAAUCUAUUUAAAAUCACCCUCAGGGGUAAUUUGAAAUCAAUAUCAUCCUACUCUCUAUGAUUUCAAAUUACCCCUUCAAUUCCUUCCCCAAAUAUUCACCACCUUGGUGGCAAAUAAAGUGUGUCUUCUGUGUGUACAUGUAUGUAAUAGGUACAUACGCGUUAAUUGCAGAGAAGGAGUUUUAAACAUCCUCUUAGUUUUAAAAGAAUUUCAUUUAAAGUAUAUAAAUAUAUUUUUUGUAUAAUAA